AUGGGAGCCGCAGUCCCGGGCCGGUGUGCGGGACCGCUGCCUGCCCGCCCGGGGAGCCCAGAGCACGCACGCAGCGCCCCGGCCCCGCGCCCGUCCCGCAUGGAGCUGAGAGCAGGUGACUCUUGGGGGAUCUUCACCUUCCUGUGCGCUGCGCUUUGCAACCUGCCGGCGCUGCCGGCGCUGAACUGCUCCGAGGAGCUGGGCGCCGGCCAGUCCAUCCAGCAGACGUACGACCUGACCCGCUACCUGGAGCACCAGCUCCGCACCCUCGCCGGCACCUACCUGAACUACCUGGGCCCCCCCUUCAAUGAGCCCGACUUCAAUCCGCCGCGGCUGGUGCGCGCCGAGCCACGCGUGCCCAGCGCCACCGUGGACCUGGACCUGUGGCGGGGCCUGACGGACAACGCGCGCCUGGCCGCCAACUACCGGGCCUACAGCCGCCUGCUCUGCUACCUGCGGCUGCUGGACGGGCAGGUGGGCACGGCCGAGCUGCGCCACCGCCUCGCCCACUUCUGCGCCAGCCUGCAGGGGCUGGUGCUCAGCAUCGGCGGCGUCAUGUCCUCGCUGGGGUACCCGCUGCCCGCCGGGCCCGCCGCGCCGCCCGCCGGGCCCCCCGGCGCGCACGCCGCCCCCAAUGACUUCCUGAAGAAGAUGGAUGAUUUCUGGCUGCUGAAGGAGCUGCAGACCUGGCUCUGGCGCUCGGCCAAGGACUUCAACCGCCUCAAGAAGAAGGUGCCGCCCGCUGUGGUCACCCUGCGGCUGGAGGCGAGGGGGUUCUGA